AUGGGCAACAUGGCAACAGAGAUCGUUGCCUUUGUCCUGACGAUCUCCGGGUGGAUCCUGGUGUCGUCCACCCUGCCGAUAGACUACUGGAAGGUGUCCUCUGUGGACGGGACGGUCAUCACCACAGCUACAUUCUGGUCUAACCUUUGGAAAACGUGCGUGACCGACUCCACCGGUGUGUCCAACUGUAAGGACUUCCCUUCAAUGCUGGCGCUGGACGUCUACAUCCAGGUGUGCCGGGGUCUGAUGAUCGCCGCCGUAUGUCUGGGAUUCUUCGGUGCCACCUUGGCCCUGGUCGGAAUGAAGUGCACCAAAAUAGGUGGCUCGGAGACCACCAAGGCCCGCCUGACAGUCCUCUCGGGCUUCCAUUUCGUCCUUAGCGGCCUCUGCUGCAUGACUGCGUGCUCCAUAUAUGCUCACAGGGUCACAACCGACUUCUUUGACCCCCUCUUUGUUGCCCAGAAGUUUGAGCUGGGAGCAGCUCUCUUCAUCGGCUGGGCUGGAUCUGUGUUGUGUAUCCUGGGGGGACUUAUCUUCUGCCUCUCCCUGUCUGAGGGCUCCAGUGCCAGAGCUGAAUACUCGUACCCUGGAGCUGCGAUGUUUGUGACGGGACCCAACAAGCACAGAAAGACGGUCAGCAGCCUCCACAAGGAACCAGGGGAGCCGCCGAGGCAGUUUGGAAGAAAUGCCUACGUGUGA